AUGCAAUCAACAGAAGACGCUCUGGACUUCCUUUCGGAGAGUCAGAAACGCGGUGUCGCAGGUUUAUGUGCUUGUCUUCUACCCGCUGUCUCCGAUGGCUCGAUUGACAUAUUAUGGUCGCGAACGUACCUGAAGCUACUGGUGGAGCAUUUUUUGAGGCUUUCUAGUAGCCAAACCGAGGCCUAUUUACCCAUUUUAAUGUCGAGACAGUUGCAAUUGGCUGAAAAGAUGCACAUACCGUCACGUGGUGCAUCUCCUUUCGUAGACGACUUUGACCCCGCCCCUUUUCUGGCUCAAGUGAUGCCUAAAAAUGCCACAGACACGACUCGAUGUUCUCGAGCGUGGACGAAACUGACGACGCCCAAAAAAGACCAAUCAGAAGCAAGGAAGCAAUUGAACAAUUCGGUUACAAGUGACGCACUGGACGAGUCCCACGUGCGCUUCUUUCGACUUCAAGUAAUCAAGAGGCUGCUGGGGGUUACGAUCAAGAGCGUGGGUUACGAUGCUCGGGCCAGAACAUUGAUGAGGAGACUCGUGCUGGCAAUGGACUUGCAGUGGGCAGACGUGACCCAGGAAGAGGAGAAGAUUGGCCAGACGUUGUACGCAGAAGCUACUGCCACGCUGCUGGUUAAGAAAGAAGGAACAAAACCAAAAGGUUGGGACUGGAAACGCCAUGCGGCAAUUGGUGCAGCAUCUGUGACUGGUGGCGCUUUACUUGCAGUGACAGGAGGUCUUGCUGCUCCUGCGAUCGCGGCAAGUUUGACAGCGCUGGGAGGAGCAGGCGUGACGAUCGGCGCUGUUGUGGGGUCUGCAACCGGCGUCACAGCAACGACAGUGCUCUUUGGGACAGCUGGAGCGGGAGUGAUGGGUAUGAAGACUGAGAAAAGGAAGAAAAGCGUUCAUGAUGUUGGCUUCGAUCUCGUGUCGGCAGGGCAUGGCAUGAACGUCUACAUUUGCGUGUCGGGGUGGCUGGACGAAGAUGACCCGCCGACAAACGGAUUCCGUCGAGCGUGGGGGGAUGCUAGCGAGGGCUUGAGUGCGUCGUGUGUUCAAAGAAAGCCAAAGCAGGUGGAUCAGGUGGAUCGAGUCGUGGGCCAGUGUCGAGGUCGAGAAGACGAGGUGCUUACUGAGAAGAAUGAUCCACGUCAUGCUUCAUGUUUGUCGAGGACAGCACACACAGACACCGACGCGCGUGGUGGUAACUUAGCGAACCACAUCAGCGACCCAAAAGCUUGUUCUCCUAGUUUGAAGAGCACAGCAGCAAGCAACGCUAGUCCAUCUGCGUGGGAGCGAGGAACAAAGCUCAAUCCGCUUCAAGCAUGGUGA